CCUCUCCUCUCCUCUCCUCUUCAUCAUAUAAACCACACCAAUUUAUCACUUAUUUUGCUGCUCUCCCAUUUCUCUCCUCCUCGACACUUUGUUUUUUUUCAACUUUUUUUAGGGUUUUCAUCAUAGUAAGAGGCAAAAGAUUUCAAGUGUGGGUGAAAAAACAUGGGCAGGAAAUGCUCACAUUGUGGCAACAUAGGUCACAAUUCAAGGACUUGCACCAACUUUAGACCCUCAAUCACACCCAAUUUCAACGUUGGAAGCGGCUUAAUUAGGCUCUUUGGAGUUCAUCUUGAUUCCUCUUCUUCUUCUUCUUCUUCUUCUUCUUCUUCCUCUUCUACUACUUCUUCUUCAAGUGCUGCUGCUUUCGCCAUUAAGAAAAGCUUUAGCACCGAUUGCUUGUCGUCGUCGUCGUCGUCGUCGUCUUUCUCUACUUCUCGAAUUCAACUCGAUCAUAAUCUUGAACCUUCCAAGUCUGCCAAUGGCUACCUCUCUGAUGGCCUUCUGAAUGGAGACCAAGAAAGGAAGAAAGGGGUUCCAUGGACAGAAGAGGAGCACAGAAUAUUCCUAAUUGGGCUUGAAAAGCUUGGAAGAGGAGAUUGGAGAGGCAUCUCGAGAAACUACGUUACCACGAAAACUCCGACCCAAGUGGCUAGUCAUGCUCAAAAGUAUUAUCUUAGACAAUCGACCAUCAACAAAAAGAACCGUCGCUCGAGCCUCUUUGACAUGGUUGGGACAGCAUAUGAUACAACAACCACAGCACUGUCUCAAUGUUUGAAGAUAUCUUCAAAUUCUCAAACUCAUAGCAAUAAGAAUGAGAUGAAUAUCAAGAAGGAGCUGAAUUUGCCUCUUUUAGAGAGUAAAAUCACCACUACUUUUGCAAGCUCCCAACAAUUGGCUUCUUCCAUGGAAGUGAUGAACAACAAUAAUCAAGCUUCUUCUUCUUCAUCAAUUUGGCUUUAUGGGUUGAUUGAUUCACAACUCAAAUCAGCUUCUCAAACGAUGAUUUGUUCUUCAUCUUCUGGAGCAGGUGGGCCAGAUCUUGAGCUCACUUUGGCAGCCCCAAGAGCUUCCAAUUUGGAGUACGAACAAACCAAAAAGCCAUCAACUGGUUCCCUCCUUGUUGACCCAAUUAGGGUUCCCUAAUUACUAAUCAAACCCAUCCCCAAAAAUUCAAUAUCCAGCAAGAAAUAACACAAAGACAUAUUGUUCUUGAUGAUUACAGUGUUUAAUUUGGUUGUUUUAUGAACAGCUUCCUUACUGAAAGUGACAAAUUUAUAUAUAUGUUAUUCGUCUUAAUUUGUUUAGCUAUAGCUCUCGAGAAGAAGCGCAAAGGUUGUAAAAUGGCUCUUUAAUGUCUUAAUCCGUUAGCUAUGCUCGAGAAGAAGCACAAAG